AUGUUUCGUCGAGGUGGUGCCCUGUUCCUGUUUGCAGUUGCCUUAACGACAAGGAUGAAAGCGGCAAAGACGAGCUCUUGCUUGCCCGAGCAGGGCCAAUAUGAAGCUUUAUCACCAUCACCAGUCUCGAACUUCUCUCAACCCAAUUCUCCUUCCUUCACCACAGGACUUCCAUGUGAUGGCGUGACAUCGGCCCUGGAGGACACUAAGGACCUGCCAAGAUAUUUGUGGUUAGGAUCUUAG